AUGACUAAGCAGUUCAACAUGUCUCUUAUGUUGUUUGCUUUAAUUUGUGCCUGUGAAAGUUACAAUAGGCCUAAUUGCUGGAGCUUGGCUGAAAUGGUUCGAAGGACAAAGUUACCUUUUCUUGCUGAGUUACCGCAGUUUAUUCUUUUCCCAGCUGCGGAGAAUCAUCGUGACCAGAUAGAGUGGGGACGAUUUAUGAGUUAUCUUAAAGAAAAUAACAGGGUUGCAAUCGUAAGAUUUGAGCUGUUUGAAUUUUACAUACUUUCCCCAGCUGAAGCCUUGGAUUUAACUAAUGCUGCAGUUGCAUACCGAACAAUAAAAUCACAUAACAUCCAUCAUGGUCCAAAUCCUUCUCAACCAAAAGUAUAUGUGAAUGAAAGAGAUUCAGCUGUCAAUGAAGUUUUUCACUCCUCUGAUCGUAAGUUUCUACAAGCUUUUAGAGACCGUUCUUACCCACCAAAAGUUGGAGCUUGUAGUAGACCUGAGCUCUGUGCACCAAAGCAGGACGGAUUUCUGGAGAAAAAUUAUGCGAGAGCAGACCCGAGUUAUUUGAAGACACUUGGUCAGGCUCAUUCAGGAUGGAUUUUUGGAGCAAUAGCUGAGCUUGUUGAUAAUUCCAGAGAUGCUAAAGCAACUAAACUGGAAAUUUCUGUUGAGAUGAUAUACUACAAGAAAAGUGGAAAAGAUAUUCCAUUGCUGUCUGUAAUUGAUGAUGGACACGGGAUGACCCAUCAGGAUGUUGUGAUUAUGACAAGUAUUGGCCACAAACAACCUGAAAAUGAUGAACCAGAGCGCAUUGGAAGAUUUGGUAUUGGAUUCAAGACUGGAGCAAUGAGGCUUGGAAGGGAUGCUUUGGUUCUUACCCAGACUGCUAGCUCCAGAUCAAUAGCUUUUCUUCAGUCUUUGAAUGAAGGAAAAGAUAAUCUUGAGAUUCCUAUUGUAAGCUACUGCAGACAAGGAAAGGUUAUGGAAGUGGAUACAACUGUACAGUCUGAAGCUCUAGCAAAGUACAAUUUGGAAGCCAUUAAAGAGUUUUCACCAUUUAAUGAGUAUCUUAUUGGUGAAUACGCGGGCCUGUUUCCCGACCGUGCAGGAACACAGAUAUACAUAUGGAAUUUAGAUGAGUGGGGUUCAGAUUAUAGUCUAGAAUGGCAAUGUGGGUCAAUUGGUGGGAGCUCUUUCCACCAAGGUGAUAUAUACAUCCGUUCUAGAAGGAUAAGAUCUCGUCCUGGCCAGAUAAGCCAAAAGGUGCCUUUAGACUAUUCACUGCAAUCUUAUCUGGAAGUUAUCUUCUUAGUUCCAAGAAUGAAGAUAUAUGUCCAAGGUUCUCUGGUUAAAAGUCGACCCUUGGAGAAAUUUCUAAAUAAGACUACUGUAGAAACUGGACAUAUAAUGGGGAAGCGUGUUCAGUUAACUCUUGGUCGAAGCCAGUUAGAAUGGGAGCAGGCAAACUGUGGAAUAUUCUUGUAUUGGCAUGGUCGUUUAAUUGAGGCUUACAAGAGAGUUGGUGGGAUGAUUCAUAGUGCAGAUAUGGGUCGUGGUGUAAUUGGUGUGAUUGAUGUUACUGAUCUAAUGAAUGAUGGAAAAGGUGGUGUAUGGGUUCUUAAUAACAAGCAAGGAUUUCAGGACUCUGAAUCUUAUGCCCAUUUGGAAUGGUGGCUCGGUCUGAAGGCAGAUGAAUAUUGGGAUAAGAACUUUGAUCAACUGCAGCUGACAAAGAGGAACUCUCUUUACAAACCCGACCAUGAAUGGGUGCAGUGUGAUAAGUGCAGGAAGUGGAGGAUGUUGGGCCUUGGUUUUAACACUAAAAGCUUACCUCUAGAAUGGUUUUGUUAUAUGAAACCGUUUGAAGGAUGCUGCGAAAUACCUGAAAAGAAAGUUGAGGGUGGACUUAUUACAUUGUCUGCAAAGCGUUCUGGAUACAAUUACAGUGACUCUACGGAAUCUAAGGGAGACAAAGAUGACUGUGAUCCGAACAUUGAUGUAACAUCUCCACGUCUUAAGAGAUUAAGAACGGGGUUUCCAAGGGCUUGUAAGAAGGAUCAUUGAAGCUGAAUUUUUAGCGGUGCCACCGUUGGCCCAUUCUCAAUUUUGUUGUACACUCAUUUUGUCAAAGCACCACCAUGCGAUCUUCUCAAAAAUGAAGAAAUUGCCACUACACGAUCUCAUAAU